UCGUGUCCGCUGGUAAAAUGGCUCCGUGUUGCACAAAGUAGGAAACGUGUUUAUCUCCUUCUUCUGACUUUUUCAUUCCGUCAUCAAACUUUGUGAACGAGCCAGACAUCAUGGCCUCGUCCAACUACUCGUUGAAGGUCAACAGAGACCUGCUGGACCCCAACUUUGAGAGUUACCGGUUGUCUCUGGACGCCACGCCGACGUACAACGUAGAGCUGGAUGCUGCUGUGGAGGAAGUCAAGUUGAAGGACACCCAGUACACCCUGGAGCACAUGCGUGCUUUCGGCAUGUACAACUACCUGCACUUAGACCCUUGGUAUGAAGACAGCGUCUUGUUUGUGGACUGCAAAGGACGAGUUCUCGGUCUCAGUGUCACUCUGGACACUGCCCUCGGGAAGCCGCGAGAGGUCUACCGCAUGGCCCCCGACUCCAGCCCGUGUGAGGAUCGCCUCUGUGCCUCCCUCAGCCUGACCUCCGCGACCUGGGCUGCUCUCUCCGACGGCACCGGUCGACUGUACCUCCUCCGCACCGGCAAGAGAGGAGACGGCUCCCACGCGAAGUGGGAACCACUGUUCAGUGAAGACCUGGGCGAGCCGUUCACCCUCCUCCACAGCGUCUCACAUGUGCAGGCUGGAGUCCACACCGUGGAGCUGCUGCUGCUCCGCAUCCAGAAGGACCCGCAGGAAACCAAAGGAAGUGGUUACUCGGUGGCUCUUGAGUGGAUCACAGUUGCCAACACUGCAGAGCAGGGCCAGGAGAAGAAGUACGAGGUGAAGAAGAGUAGAGUCCUCCGGGGGAAGUCGGUGCCUCACUAUGCAGCGGUGGUGCCACAGGGGAAGGGACUGAUGGUGGCCUCGGAGAAGCCGUUCGCCUUCACGCACGUGGACGGUCAUCCGGUGGAGCGGCAGCAACCGGAGCCCAUGGAGGUGGAGAAGACAGAUCCCAUUUACUUCUGGCAGCAGACGGCGGACGACAUCACGGUGUGCGUGCGCACGCCCGAGGGCGUCACCAAAGAGGAGGUGCAGUUCAGGCUGUCGGUGGACAACAUCGCCAUCGGAGUUCAGGGUUUCCCGCCUUUGCUGGAAGGUCAGAUGUAUGCAUCCGUAGACCCCGAGGCCAGCGCCUGGAUCAUCAAGGACGACAAAAGCCUGGAGGUGACCCUGCAGAAACGCAGCGAGGGACCCAUGUGGCCGGAGCUGGUGAUGGGUGACAGGAGAGGCGAGUGCGUGAUGAGCGACGAGCAGGCCGCCCUCAUCCACGAAAGGCUGACCCACCUCACCUCCGAAGACAUGAACGGAAACCCUGACAAGGACAAGCCCCCUUGUAAUUCUCAAGAGCUGGAGGACUGUGAUGGGUUCCCAGAAGACAGCUCCAGCCUCACACACUUUGAUGCAGAAUCGCUCAAGCCCACUCAGGUGGUGAACCUCGGCAGCCAUCAGUACCUGUUCACCGUCGACGUGAACCCCUCUGAGAUGCCGUGCCUCUGCCUCCGGCACGACGUGGACGCCCUGGUGUGGCAGCCGCGUCCCGACCAACCCGGCAACAUGUGGGAGCACAUCGCCACGUUCAACGCCUUGGGCUACGUCCAGGCGUCCAAACGGGACAAGAAGUUUGCGACCUGCGCGCCAAACUUUUCCUACGCGACGCUCUGUGAGUGUCUGCGCCGCGCAUUCAUCUACCGGCAGCCGUCGCCCGUGGAGACGGUGCUCUUCAACCGGAAGCAGGGCCGGCAGGUAGGAGAGGUUGCCAAGCAACAGGUUGCCAGUCUGGACUCCGACAAACCGAUCCUGGGCUUCAGGGCCACCAACGAGAGACUGUACGUCCUGACCUCCAGCAACCUCUUUGUCCUGAAGGUCAAUAACAAUUAGAUUUUGGGGAUUUUCAUCUCGUUAACCUCUGAACGUGCGACCAUUCCAAACUGGAGAUGCUUAAAAUUUGUUGUCGAAUACUCCUCAUGUUUCACUUUUCAAGUCUUGUGUGUUUGGAAAAUGUCUGAGUGUUGAAUGAAAUUCUUAAAGACAAAUUGUGGCAAUAAACAUUCACAUUUUAUUAAAUCAUGUCAGUGAUUAAAUAACCAA